AUCAAUUCAUGUUUCAAAAUUUCUAAUAGAAAAUAAUUAUAGGUAUAAAAGAGGCUUAUUGAAGGCAUAACGUAUCUGUUACCGUUCCAGCUUAGGGCUUAUCUUAAGGUUCCUUAGCUCUCAACAAGCUUAUAACGGAGCUCCACUACGGAGCGAUUGGUACUAAUAAUAGGACGCUAAUCCCCUUGAGGCAUAACAGUCUAAGUCAGCUAGCUAUAGCGAAAGAAGGGACGCCCCCAAGAAAAAAAGUCGGGCGGAAAAUCCCAACGUUGAAUUUUUGAGUGACUUUCCGUCCGGAGCUCUCCAUUAUUUUUCCAAAAUCCAAUCAAUUCUCACCUCACCAUCAAAAAGCGAACAAGAAAUUGUUUGCGAUAAUAUCCCUCCACUCACCUCCGGACUUAUUCCUUCUUUAUUUUCUUUAUAUCUUCGGUUUUGCAGGAAUUUCUUCCUCUCCCCCGUCAUCACAACAGUCACAAUGUUCUCGCGAGCUCUGCGAGUCCCGAGAGCGGUAGCGCCUCUGGCGCGUGUCCGAGCUGCUAGACCCGUCGUUGUCGCACCCUUCCGCACGGUAACGACAAACGCUGCCUCUUCGCAUGCCGAUAAGAACGCCGUUCCCGAUGCCGACGACAAGACCUUCCAAGUCACCCUAAGCGACGAGAGUUUCGAAACAUACGAACUCGACCCGCCGCCAUACACUCUCGAUGUCACCAAGAAGGAGUUGAAGCAGAUAUACUACGAUAUGGUUGUUGUCCGACAGAUGGAAAUGGCUGCCGACCGAUUAUACAAGGAAAAGAAGAUCCGGGGUUUCUGCCACUUGUCCACUGGUCAAGAAGCCGUCGCCGUCGGUAUCGAACACGCAUUGACCAAGGAGGAUGAUAUCAUCACUGCUUACCGAUGCCACGGUUUCGCUCUAAUGCGUGGAGGUACUGUGCGAUCCAUUAUUGGUGAACUCCUAGGCCGCCGUGAAGGUAUUGCUUACGGAAAGGGUGGUUCUAUGCACAUGUUCACCAAGGGCUUCUACGGAGGUAACGGUAUUGUUGGUGCUCAGGUCCCUGUCGGUGCCGGCUUGGCUUUCGCGCACAAGUACACCGACAGCAAGAAGGCUACCGUUAUCCUAUACGGUGACGGUGCUAGCAACCAAGGUCAAGUUUUCGAGGCUUUCAACAUGGCUAAGCUCUGGAACCUACCUGCUCUAUUUGGCUGCGAGAACAACAAGUAUGGUAUGGGUACAGCUGCUGCUCGAUCUUCUGCCCUUACCGACUACUACAAGCGUGGUCAAUACAUCCCUGGUCUUAAGGUAAACGGAAUGGACGUCCUUGCCGUUAAGGCUGCCGUCAAGUACGGAAAGGAAUGGACCGUCGCUGAGAACGGACCCCUUGUCCUUGAAUACGUCACUUACCGAUACGGUGGUCACUCCAUGUCCGACCCCGGUACCACCUACCGAACUCGUGAGGAAAUCCAGCGCAUGCGUUCCACCAACGAUCCUAUUGCCGGUCUCAAGCAGAAGAUCCUCGACUGGGAAGUCUGCACCGAGGAAGAGCUCAAGUCGAUCGACAAGGACGCUCGCAAGCACGUCAACGAAGAGGUCGCUGUCGCCGAGGCUAUGGCCGUCCCUGAGACUACCCCCCAGAUCUUGUACGAGGAUAUCUACGUCCGAGGAACGGAACCUCAAUUCAUGCGUGGCCGCACGCCGGAUGAGAACUUCUACUUCAGCUCUUAAUUACCUGAUUUUUGAUGAAGUAGAAACCUCUAAUCGCAGGACGGCAUAAAAAUAAAUGUUCUUUUUGCUUGCGAACAUACCAUGUAGUAUUAAAAUAGAUGAUGGGCAGGAACCGGGCCGGGUUGGAGUAAUCAUAAAUGUUCCUCGUUAUUUUCGAUUCAACCAACACAGCAAACCCUCCGUCAGUGUAACUACCAACCUACAUGUUCCCACCUAUCCAGUAUAGAAUCGCCUAGCUUUGUAGCUAUGGGAGAAAUAGAGGAGCGAUGAUACCACACCCAAACAAUUGCCAUAUAUAUGUCUUGAUUUACGAAUUUAAGAAUAUUUACGCAGUUAAACAUCUCGUAA